ACCCUAUGACAGAGUCCCCUAUGCACUCGAAGGCUAAUGGGAAAACAGUUGCAGUGGCAAGGAGCAGUGAACCCCAACUAUCAUGUCUAAAGCAGGAUAAAUCCGACACAUAUUCCCAGUGCACAUCUACCAGUGGCCCGGAACUGCUCAAAACAAAACCAAGACCAAAGAUUCUUCUUGUAGAAGAUAACAAGAUUAAUGUGAUUGUCACCCAGUCAAUGAUGAAACAGUUAGGCCAUAGCAUAGAUGUUGUGAAUAAUGGAGUUGAGGCUGUUCGGGCAGUUCAAUGCUGUGAUUAUGAUCUUGUUUUUAUGGAUGUACACAUGCCAGUUAUGGAUGGCCUUCAAGCUACAAGAAUAAUUCGCUCUUAUGAAGACACUGGAAAUUGGGAUGCUGCUGCCAAGGCUGGAAUCGAGCAAGCUCCAGAUUUGUUACAACAUUCUUCCACAUGGCACAUUCCAAUAAUUGCUAUGACAGCAAAUGCAUUGUCAGAGAGUGCAGAAGAGUGUUAUGCAAAUGGUAUGGACUCAUUUGUUUCGAAGCCUGUCACUUUUCAAAAACUAAAAGAGUGUCUUGAGCAAUAUUUUCCAUGAUACCUCUUGUAAAUUCAUGCUUGUGUACAAAAAAUGAUAGGAAAGUUUCGUAAUCAAUGUAUCGUGCUCUU